GUCUGUUUUCAUAUAAAGUGUACGACUUCAGAAGACUUGGAAUAACGCACGCGAGAAUCAUAUGGACUACUUUUAUACUUUUUGGAACUUUACAGUGACAAAUGACAUGAUGAAGUCACAUCUGUUUGGAGCAAGGCCAAGCGUGAACAUCAGCCUGACCACCUGGACCAGCCGCCUGCCUGAAGCAUCGCUGACGGGGGAGGGGGCGAUAUCUCUCUCUCUCUGUGUGUUUGUGUAAAUGUGUGUGUGUGUGUACAUGCGUGUGGGCGGGUGAAAGGGUGAGGGGCGGAGAGAUGAAAGGGCCAGGUGAGGAGGGGUAUUGGGUACCUCUCUCUCUAGCUUUCUCGCUCUCUCUCCCCCCCUCUUUUUUAAAUUUUUUUUUAUCCCUCUCUCACUGUCGCGCGACACUAACCCUGGAAGCUGAAGAGGAGAUCCUCGCUGCUGGACCUCUCCACUACAGUAUUUCCAGACGGACGAGUUGGAAAUGGUUUUCAAGAUCUCGCUCUUGCAGUUAGUCGUUUCUCAGGUCUUGCUUUGUAGGCUCCAUCACCAGGCAGUGACAUGGAGGAAUGGAAUCUUUUCUCAGGAAUCAUGAACCAGAGGUGGCCUUGAAUGAAGUUCCAUCAUGUCUCAUUUGGAGCAUCUGGACUUUGAGAACAGUGGAGCUCCAGGGAUUACAGAGGUGAAUAUUUGAAGAUGAAACUGGACAUUGCGACCCUAAUCAGCCCCAACUCCAGAGUCCGACCUCUACCAGCAUGUCGUAACGCCGACAGAACUCCCCCAUCGAACGGUACUGCUGGAUCCCACUCUUCAGCAGGGGAGGAUGGGUGAUAGUCCCAUGAGAAUCACCUCCGCCCACAAUCCUCAUUCCAUCCUCUCAUGGAGCAUACAACCGCCUACAACACACUGUGGAACAUCACCCACACCACCUCUUGGCGUCCGAACGCAACCCAGCCUAACGCCUCAGGACUGAGCGAGCCCAGAGAUGGACACCUCCUCCAGACGCUCGGCCUGUGCACCAUGCUACUGAUUGACAUACUGGCUAUAGUGGGCAACUUAGCCGUAAUGACAGUCAUCGCCAGGACGCCGCGACUACGUAAAUUUGUGUUCGUCUUCCAUCUCUGCCUGGUGGAUCUCAUCGCGGCCCUGGUGUUAAUGCCUCUGGGUAUGCUGUCAGGUCAGGGCUUUUUCAACAAGGCUCUUUGUCAGGGUUACCUGUGUCUGAGCGUGGGAUUGAUCAGUGCUGCUAUCCUCACUAUCUCGGCCAUCAACGUUGAGAGGUACUACUACGUCGUUCAUCCCAUGCGCUACGAGGUGAAAAUGACAGUGGGGUUGGUGGUUUCAGUUCUGAUUGGAAUAUGGAUCAAAGCCAUCCUCAUGUCUGCGUUCCCUUUACUCGGCUGGGCGCUCGAUAGAGAGGAGCCGGGAAUGGCUCUGGGGAAAGUUAUGGGGAAAAUCGUUGAACCAAAGUGCUGUUCGCUCCACUGGAUGGAGGAAGGGCCACAACGGCUGGUGUUCAUGGUCCUUUUUACCCUCAUGUACUUCCUGUGUCCAGUCCUCAUCAUCUUUGUGGUGUACUGCAACAUGUUUAAGGUGGCCAGAGUGGCCGCCAUGCAGCAAGGGCCAGUCCCCACGUGGAUGGAGACUCCCCGGCCGCGCUCUGAAUCUCUGAGCAGCCGCUCCAGCAUGGCGGCCAGCCUCAGCGGAGCUCGGACCACCCCUCAGAGGACUUUCAGUGGGGGCAAGGCUGCGGUGGUCCUAGUCGCCGUAGGAGGUCAGUUCCUCGGGUGCUGGCUGCCUUAUUUCUCCUUCCACCUGUACUGCGCCAUCAUGCCAUCCUCUCACGAAUCCCUCGCACGCAUGGCCCAGCUGGAGGACGUGUUCACCUGGAUCGGGUACUUCUGCUUCACCUCCAAUCCUUUUUUCUAUGGCUGCCUGAAUCGGCAGAUCAGGGAAGAGCUGGCCAGAAACCUGGCCUUCAUUUUUAAGUGGGGGCGUCCUGGUGAAGAAGAACAGCUGCCCAGUCGAGAGGCUUCUAUUGAGGAGAACUUUCUCCAGUUUCUUCAGGGCACAGGUUGCAAUAUGCGGCCAAGGAAUUCCCAAAGCAUCUCCAUCCCUCAACAGGAAGAGGACAAUCCUCUCUCCACCGAGCUCCACAGGCCAUCUGUUGACUUCCACAUUCCUGGCCAGAUCAUGGAGGAGACCUCGGAGUUCAUAGAGCACCAACACAUGAACGACCUUAAUAUAUCAGACAAUUGUAUCAAGACAAAAUCGGAACUGCAAGGUUGAUAUUUUCAGAUGUGAAAUCUAUAUUUAAUGUAUCAUAUAUUGUUGCUAUGUUUUACCAUAAGGAUCUUUUUAUACUCUGCCGACAAAUUUGUACAUAGCUUGUUUAGAAUUUUUGGUUGGUAGGUUUCUGUCAUACCCAAAGCAUAUUUUUUUUCUUUUGAGGAAAUAUGUUGGACUGAUGAAAUGACCUCAUUCCAGCACAGUACUACUAGACAGAAACAUAUUUACAUAGAUUCAGCAACAUUUGUCCGAACAAUGUAACAUGGAAGCAACAUUGUGACGUGGAAUCUGUAUUCAAAAAGCGGUAUGAACAGCAAGUGGUCGAUGUUACAAAUUUGUAAUGCUCCUAAUGUUAAUUCAGACAAUAAAUGAGUAUAAAAUUGGUUAAUAACUAAGUAUUAUUGUAACAACAAAAUUUGGAGCAUGCACUAAUAUUGAACCAAGGUUGUUUGUGUGGUGGGUAGAUUCUAAUUCUUUAGGUGCCGUAAAAUUAUGGCCGUCAGCAAUGUCAUAUUUUUAAACAAAUUGUUUUUUUUUUUCCUCAAAAAUGAAUUAAAAACA